GAUAGGUAAAAGAUAAGUGUGUACAACACUUGCGGUUAAAAUUUACAGAUUGAUAACACCACCGGUUCCUGAUAUCUUUCAUAUAAAUAAGACAAGAGGGUUAUUUUGAGGUUAUUCACCAUCGAAGCAAAAACAAAUGAGGAUGAAGUUUUGUGCGAAUCUAUCGUUUAUGUUCAGUGAGGGAAGUACUAUUUUGGAACGGUACGCGUUGGCUAAGGAUGGAGGGUUUAAGGCUGUGGAAACUGGGUUCCCGUUUGGACACACCUUGGAGCAGGUCAGGGCGGCUAAAACUAGUUCUGGCUUGGAACAAGUACUGAUAAAUCUUCGUACUGGGGACCUCAGUAAAGGCGAGCUUGGAGUGACAGCAGUGCCAGGAAAAGAGGACCAAUUCAAGGCUGACCUCCAUGAAACAAUCGACUAUGCAAAAGCGCUUGGCGCGAGGAAAAUCCAUAUUAUGGCGGGAAAAUUGGACCUUGUCACAGCAAAGAAUUGGGAGACUUACGAGAGCAAUCUGAAGUAUGCAGCUGAUGUUCUGAAGAAAGACAAUAUUGUUGGAGUCAUUGAGCCCAUCAACCAGCAUUCGGUGCCUAAAUACUUCUUGAGUGAUUACAAUAAAGCUGUAGACAUCAUCAAGCGAGUAAACAGCCCUCACUUAAGACUUCAGCUGGACAUAUUUCAUUUACAACACAUUUGUGGAGACCUCUCGCACAACAUCAAGACUCUGAUGCCUUAUGUGGGCCAUGUGCAGAUAGCCCAAGUACCAAACCGCAACGAGCCAGACACAGACGGAGAGAUCAACUACAAGUACAUACUGAAGCACAUAGAGAGCUGCGGGUACACGGACUGGGUCGGGCUCGAGUACAAGCCGGCGGGAGGGUCGAAAGACGGACUCGGUUGGGUCAAAGACUUCGGAUAUACACUGUGAUUACUGAUGAAUUGAUGAUGAAGAGUAAAAAUAUUUAAAGGGUCUUUUGAACAAUAUAUUGAUGAUACUA